CAAGUGAUCAUACCAUAAUGCUCAGUCCGUUUUCGGAUACUUGGGUUACUUCUUAUCUGUUUGAAUAUUGCACAACUAACCGACAUUUGACAGAUCUGAUCACGUCUUGCAGAUGUCUUGUUGUCAACUGUAGUUGUUAGGAAGCAGCACCGUCCCAUUCAAAUGGAAGGCAGGCCAGUUAAAAGGCGUGGACGCCCAAACAGAGGAGGAGGAAGAUUUACUCGAGGGCGUGGCCAGAGAGGAAGAGGGGGCCGUGGACGAGGCCAGCAAGCAAGUCCGCGUGGAGGUUCCCGAGGAGGUGGAUCAGGUUUCACAAGGAAGGGGCUUGAUGAUAAAUAUGACUGGGAAGACCACCCCCUGGAUGGAUUGCCCCUUGAUGAUGAUGAUUAUGAUAGAGGAUACACAGCCCCAAAGCGCCGGCACAAUGGGCCACAGGUCAAGGUCACAAUGCAGCAUCUGCAGAUGAGCACAGAGAACCAGGAGAUGGUACGAGACAUGCUGCGAGACCUGCACGGGGAGGAACUGGAUAUGCCUGAACAAGAUGAGUAUGAUGAACUGGAUACAAGAGAUAACCACCAUUACUGGAUCACACAGCAGCCCUUGCAGAUUGAAGAUGGCUGCAGCUUUGCUUUCUAUGGCCAUGCUGAAGAUGUUGGAGAGACACCAAAAAGAGCCAAGGCUCCUAAAACUAUCAAUCAGUUUGGAAUUCAGAAACUUGCAAGGUAUGGGUUUGACAAAGAAAGGUGUAUUGAGGCCCUGAAAGCAUGUGAUGAAGACAUAGGGGCUUCUCUGGAGCGUUUACUGUGUGAGAGUUUCAAUCUCCUGAAAGUGGACGUGCCCCAAGACGGCGAGCAGACGUCUGAGGAAUGGCAGGAGAUACUGGACGCUCGCAUGGAGGAGAUGACAGCCUUACAGUCGAUCUAUGACGAUAAGUUCGAAGAGAGGAUAGCAAACAAAAUAUGGAUUCUCCAUCUUGAUCUUGAAUCUCUGAACCAAAUACUUCAUCCUACACCCUCGAAACCUAGGCAGAUGGUCAAACGACAGUACGACAAAAAUAUAUGUAAAUAUUUUCAAAAAGGGUCAUGUAAAUUUGGAAGUAAAUGUCGGCACAAGCAUUCUGUGUUAAACCCUGACGAGGACAGUGUUGAGGAACAGCAUACCAAAAUGAACAGUUCAUAUCAACUGGAGGUGCGGUUCCCACCUGGGAAUAAAUAUCCCCGGGAACCCCCCUUUCUAGUCUUCUCCUCCUCUCACCCUUUCCUCCCAACUCACAGCUGCCUGCAUAUAACACGUUUCUUAAUAGAAGAAGCCAAAAGUCUUUCCGAGCACCACGAGCCUGUGAUAUUUACUCUGCUGAGUCUGCUGGAAGAUGAUGGGGUGUUGCAGAGUCUGGUGGAACAACCUCCUCUGGAGUUCAGCGUGCCCAAGGCCAUCAUAUCCCGGAAUCAGUUCCGCAUUCUUGAGGAGGGCAACUUUGGAGCGUCUGCUGACCAAGGUGUUGAUGAUGAUGAGGAGGAUGAUGAUGAGCAGGUGGCGAAGAUGGUUGAGAUGAUGGAGAAGGAAGGGGAGAAGAAUGCUGUCGUGGAGGAAGUUAUUCCGACACAGAAAUAUGGAAGGAAGGAUGUUGUCCCAAGAAGGAUAAACAAAACAGAGCUAUUCAAGAAGAACAGACUCAUGAAGGACGACUUUGAAAAGAAACAGUCAUCGGGUAGUUACAAGAAUAUGAUUGCUCAGCGUGGCAAACUCCCGGCCUGGGACAGACAAGAUGAGAUUGUGGAGACCAUAGAGAGCAACCAGGUUGUCGUCAUCAGUGGAAUGACAGGGUGUGGAAAAACUACACAAGUGCCCCAGUUUAUCCUGGAUAAAUACCUCAGGUCCAAGAGCAUGAAGAUGUGUAACAUCAUCUGUACACAGCCGCGACGUAUCUCUGCAAUAUCUGUGGCUGAGAGGGUGGCCGAUGAACGAUGUGAAAAAUUAGGGCGGAGUGUUGGCUACCAGAUCAGACUGGAGAGCAAGCAGUCUGCAUGGACACGCUUGCUGUUCUGCACGACAGGAAUAAUUCUCCGACAACUGGAAGGUGACCCAAGCCUUGAGGGCGUUACACAUCUCAUUAUUGAUGAAGUACAUGAACGAUCAGAAGACAGUGACUUUCUGAUAAUGAUAUUGCGUAACCUCUUGCGCGUGCGGCAUGACCUCAAAGUGAUACUGAUGAGUGCGACCUUGAAUGCUGAUCUGUUCUCACACUACUUCAAAGAGUGCCCUGUCUUGGAGAUUCCUGGAAGGACCUUCCCUGUUGAUCAGUUCUUCCUAGAAGAUGCCAUUGAAUACACAAGAUUUGUUAUGGAAGAGAAUUCUGCCUAUGCCCGCCCAAUCAAGCGAAGCAAUGCCAUGCGUGCCCAGCCAGGGAGAGGUCAAGGUCGUAUAUCAGCAGACGACAUCCAUGAUGAACUGGAGGAGAUAGGGAACACUGUGAUGGUGGAGCCAGCCAAAGACAACAUCAGGGAUGACAACCUGUCUGUCAAGCAACUCUUCUACAGAUACAGUGAAUACCACAAGUCGACCAUCAAGGCUAUGGCUAUUAUGGACAUGGAGAAAAUCAACUUUGACCUCAUUGUAGCUAUACUGGAGUGGAUUGUGGGUGGGAAACAUGAGUACCGCAAGGAUGGGGCUAUUUUAAUCUUCAUGCCUGGUUUUGCUGAGAUACAGACCUUGUAUGACAUGCUGAUGACAAGCAAAGAGUUUGGGAGCAGGAAUAGGGGCAGAUACAAGAUCGUGCCUCUCCAUUCAUCUUUAUCCAGUGAGGAUCAGCAUGCUGUGUUUUCGCGACCCCGAGAAGGUGUCACUAAGAUUGUGAUAUCCACCAACAUUGCUGAGACGUCUAUCACCAUCGAUGAUGUGGUGUUUGUCAUUGAUGCUGGGAGGAUGAAGGAGAAGAGGUAUGACUCCUGCAAGGGGAUGGAGAGUCUGGAGAUGGUGUGGGUGUCUCGGGCCAACGCGCAGCAGAGGAAAGGUCGAGCAGGUCGUGUGGCGUCUGGUGUCUGCUUCCAUCUCUUCACACAACACAGAUUUGAACAUCAUCUCCGCCCCCAACCCAUACCUGAGAUACAACGAGCACCUCUGGAACAGAUUGUCCUGAGGAUUAAGAUGCUUCCUUUAUUUAAAAAACAUGGAAUUCAGGAGGUGCUGGAGAGCCUCCUGGAACCUCCCAAGGGGGAUGCCAUCCACAACGCCAUCAAGAGGCUGCAGGACCUUGGCGCACUCGAUGACCUACAGGAGCUGACUCCUCUCGGCUACCAUGUUGGAUCAUUGCCAGUUGAUGUUCGAAUCGGGAAGCUGAUGCUGUUGGGAGCCAUCUUCCGCUGUCUGGAUGCUGCCCUCACUAUAGCUGCAACCCUCAGCUCCAAGUCACCAUUUGUUUCCCCGUUUGACAAGAGGGAUGAAGCAGACAAGAAGAAGCUGGAGUUUGCUGUGGGAAAUUCUGACCACUUGACCAUGUUGAAAGCUUACAUGGGCUGGAUUGAGGCAAAGGAAAAGGGUUCCCACAACCAGUAUGUCUUCUGUCGGGAGAACUUCCUCUCCAUAAAGUCACUGCAAAUGCUGUGCAGUUUAAAGCAGCAGUUUGUGGAGCUGUUGUCUGAUAUUGGGUUUGUGAAGGAAGGAGUGACGCUGAGGGAUGUGGAGAGGGCAGCCCGGACAGGAGGGAGGGAUGGAGUGUUGGAGGCCACAGGACAGGAGGCCAAUGUCAACUCCAAGAACUGGAAGCUGGUGUCAGCGGUGCUGGUCGGUGCCUUGUACCCAAAUGUCGUCCAGAUACUUGUCCCUGAGACCCGGUACAGCCAGAGCAGUGGGGGAGCUAUUAUGAAAGCCCCGAGACCGGAGGAGAUGAAGUUCAAGACGAAAAUGGAUGGAUAUGUGUCUGUCCAUCCAUCGUCUGUCAACUUCCAAGUACGUCACUACGACAGCCCAUAUCUGGUGUAUCACGAAAAAGUGAAAACGUCAAAGGUGUAUAUCCGCGACUGCACGAUGGUGUCGGUGUAUCCGCUGCUGCUGUUUGGGGGUGGCACCCUCUCGGUGGAGCUCAGCAAGGGUUCCUUUAUCCUCUCAGUGGAUGACGGCUGGAUACGAUUCAUGGCUGGUUCACAUCAGAUUGCGGAGCUUGUGAAGGAGCUAAAGAAUGAACUGGACCAGUUACUGGCUGACAAGAUCAAGAUGCCCCACAUGGACCUGUGUACAUGUCCCCGAGGGAGCACGAUAAUCGCCACCAUCGUCAAGCUGAUCACUACACAGUAAGAGCUGUUCUAACAUCAUCAAGAUGCAGCACAUGGACCUGUGUACAUGUCCUCGAGGGAGCAUGAUAAUCACCACCAUCGUCAAGCUGAUCACUACACAGUAGAAGCUGUUCUUCCAUCAUCCAGAUGCCCAACAUGGACCUGUGUACAUGUCCUUGAGGGAGCAUGAUAAUCGCCACCAUCGUCAAGCUGAUCACUACACAGUAGAAGCUGUUCUACUAUCAUCAAGAUGCCCCACAUGGACCUGUGUACAUGUCCUUGAGGGAGCACGAUAAUUGCUACCGUCGUCAAGCUAAUCACUACACAGUAGAAGCUGCUCUACCAUCAUCAAGAUGCCCCACAUGGACCUAUGUACAUGUCCUGGAGGGCGCACGAUAAUUGCUACCGUCAUCAAGUUAAUCACUACACAGUAGAAGCCGUUUUACCAUCAUCAAGAUGUCCCCACAUGGACCUAUGUACAUGUCCCCGAGGGAGCACGAUAAUUGCUACCGUCAUCAAGUUAAUCACUACACAGUAGAAGCCGUUUUACCAUCAUCAAGAUGUCCCCACAUGGACCUGUGUACAUGUCCCCGAGGGAGCACGAUAAUUGCUACCAGUGUCAAGCUAAUCACUACACAGUAGAAGCUGUUCUACCAUCAUCAAGAUGCCCCACAUGGACCUGUGUACAUGUCCUUGAGGGAGCACGAUAAUCGCCACCAUAGUCAAACUGAUCACUACACAGUAGAAGCUGUUCUACCAUCAUCAAGAUGCCCCACAUGGACCUGUGUACAUGUCCUCGAGGGAACACGAUAAUUGCCCCCAUGGUCAAGCUAAUCACUAUACAGAAGAAGCUGUUCUACCGACUUCCAAACCACUCUAGGACCUAGAUGGUGGAGAUAUAUUUGCGUGCACACUCCAGUACUAUUAGGGUGUUUAGGAUUAUUUAUUUGUGUUAUAUGUGUUGAAUCUAGUACAGAGUUGAUACUGUGAAACUAUGACAUAUCUAUUCACAAAACUUUGCAUGUAUAAACUUAAGCUUUUAUUGAAACUGUGCCUUUUGUAGAUAAGGUUACUUGAAACCUGGAUGUUUGUUGUUUCCAUGGAAACAAGCUAGACUUGGAAUUGAAGAUUGAAGACAUUUAUUCCUCAGAACCACUGGAUGUUUCUUCAGGAGCCAUUGUGUCUUGGCUUUAUGUAUCUUGUUGACAUGGAUCUUUGAUAUGAACAAAUUUCAAAGGUCUCUAAUGAUUUGUUAUAUUGUAUGGUAUUUUGUUAUCCAGUUUUUCCAUCAAGAGAAUUCAUACUUAAUGGUUUUGUGUAUUUAUGCAGAGAUAUGGUCUCUGAUUUAUCUAAAUGACCAAGUAUAUACAGUCUAGUAUGUGAAUUGACAAACGUGUGUGUGAUUGAUCUGUGUUCAGGGAGUCAAGGAGUCGGGUUUAAUGCCACUUUGAGUGAGUGAGUGAGUUGGGUUUUACUCCGCUUUUAACAAUAUUCUACCAAUAUCAUGGCGGGGGACACCUAAAAUGGGCUUCACACAUUGUACCCAUGUCGGGAAUCAAACCCGGGUCUUCGGCGUGACGAGUGAACGCUUUAACCACUUGGCUACCUGCUCGUCUCAAUGCCACUUGGAACAGCAUUUUUCAAUCAUAUCAUGCUGCUUCAGGUUGAUGCAUGAGAAAAGCCCACAGUGAUGCAGGUUGCUGAGGAUGGGAUGUUGCUGACAAGGUGUAAUAAUAAUGAUAAUAAUAAUAAUAAUAAUAAUGAUAAUGAUAAGGCUAUUUGUAUUGGGCAAAAUUCACAUCACUGAAGGACAUGCUAAAUGCACAGGUUCAGCAUAUGUAAAUAUGUACAACACAGAGGGGACAGUCAGAUAGUAAAAAUAUACAUUUUCAGUUGUAGCAUUCAAAAAGGUAUAUUUAGAGUCCAGACAUAAACACAGUGAUGCCAGGUGCACUUUUAAAGCUGAAGGGAAGGGAGUUCUUAUAGAGAGGCACCAGCAUGAGAGAAGAAUCGAGCACCCAAAAAAUUAGUUUGUAUUUUGAUACAGACAGGAGGAGUUGGACGUAAGAGUCGUAAGAGGCGACUAACGGGAUCGCUGACUCGGUUGAUGCAUGCCAUCAUAUCCCAAUUGCGUGAAUUGAUGCUCAUGAUGUCAAACACCCGAUUGUCUGGUCCAUACUUGAUUAUAUAAAGACCGCACUUAUUUUGCUAGAAAAUUGCUGAGUGCGGCAUUAAACAUCAAAUAACAAACAACCAAAUUUAUUGAACCAGCUAAUGUGUGACAGGAUAUACAGUGUUUUAUUGUAGGAUAAACAACUUCCACUUGUCGUUUAUUUCUUAUAUGAGAUAGCAAAAUUAUUUGCAGCCUCUUUUAGGAUGAUGAUAAAAUGUACAAGCUUUACAAACAUUUACCGGGGAACACGUUUUUAAAUAAUGAUGACUCCCUCAAUAGAAUCCAACCUCGGUGAUGUCAGACAAGUACAUGUUAUGUACAGGUGGGAAUUUCCUGCAUGUUCUCACAUUCCUCAUGUUGAUUACCUGUACCUUUUCACCCAGUACCCAUUGUCAUAUCUCUCCCGCCUUUUGAUGCGAUCGUUCAGCCAUCGCGUUUAUCUGUGUUGCCCAGCUACAUCUGUGGGGAACAUCUCGCUAGACACUCUCCUCUCUAAACUAAUGUCGUCCAAUUUAUGGCGUCAUCAACUUGCAAGCUCAGGUUCGAAUCUCCAGAAAUGACGUCAUGAUAGAACAAUAUUUUAUCUUGAAUUAAACCACUCUUUUUUCUU